AUGCAAUUACCACCACCUCCCCCAGCGACCCAGGACGCGCCAGGACGUCAUCUUUCGGGAAUUCUGGAAUAUCCUGACGACGCGGUGGUUCCUCCUUCGGCAGAGCAAAGGGUGGAUUUAGAGGACCCAGCAGAACGCAGUGUCUUCAUCCGCGUUAGCCAGACGCAGAACCAAAACCAGAAUCAGUGGCUCCAAGCCCCGCCCGCACCCCUGCCAUCCCCUACAGCAACCCUGCCAACUACAACUAUGGCUACAGAAAUGUCUCUCUCCCUUCCCACUGUCUCGUCUGCCACUGAGGAGUCUGCCUCUCUGACUCCGCUAACAACGGCUGCCAUGUCAACAACUGCCUCUCCGACUACCAGUGCUUCCUCUGCAACACCCACAACUACCUCUCCACCAACCACUACUACAUCUACAACAACGACAACUACCUCGUCACCUGCCACUACAACCACAACCACAACUACCUCUCAACCUACCACUACAACAACCACAACUACCUCCCCACGUACCACUACAACAACCACAACUACCUCCCCACGUACCACUACUGCUACAACUCCCUCUCCGACUACCACAACCGCUUCUACAUCAACCACAACUACCUCACCACCUACUACCACAACUACAACUACAACGACUACAACUACUUCUCCAUCUACCACCACAUCUACAACUACCUCACCAUCUACCACUACAACUGCAACGACCACAACUAUCUCCCCGCCUACCACUACCACCCCUACAACAACCACAAGUACCUCUCCACCUACAACUACCUCUCCAUCUACCACUACUACUUCUACAACCACCUCUCCGGCUACCACAGCUGCCUCUACACCAACAACCAUUACCUCUACAACAACUACCUCACCACUUACCACUACAACUACAAUAACCACAACUACCUCCCCAGCUACCACCACCUCUGCAACUACCCCUAUAACAACUAGUAGUACAACCAUUCCACCAACUACAUCAACCACUACUACCUCUACAACAACAUCUACUACUACCUCAGCAAAAACCACAACUAGCCCUACAACAACUGAAAGUACAACCACUACUACCUCACCAACCACGACAACCACAACAUCUGCUACCUCAACAACUACAGCUAAAACCACAACUAAAAAGCCUCCCUGGAGGCUGAAAUUUCACAUGCAUAACGAUACACAUCACUGUAAGCCAUGUGUUGGAUUUCCAGUCCUCAACCCAUACCAUGCUUCUGCUGCUGCGGGACUUAUUGAGGUCUGUAGGUUGUGUUUGAAGGCUCGAAGUGACAUCAGAAAUAAGCGUCUCGUCGUCUUGGAAACGGAAAGAGGUGAAAGUCAGAUGAUGCAAUUUCCAGAUCUUACGACCACCGACGACUCACAGUCAGACCUUCUGGACGACCACACACAGACCGACAACCACUUCGCCCGGGCCUACGACGACUCAACUUUCCUUGACUGUGGAACCGACGACUUUAAUGACACAGAUCUCAUGGACGACGCAGACACUCCCAGAAAGCACGACUCCAUCCUUGGACGACUUGACUGCAACCUGUUCAUCCACCGAAUUAUCCAGUGCGUCUCCAGGUACAAGUCGAACGCAGGGUGCAAAACGUUUAGCAGUGUUACCAAAAUGCCGUAA